AUGGCUCGGUUAAUCGUACUCCACACUAUUUGGCGCAGGACUCCCACCUCGUACUCGUCAUCUCCGCGCCUCGAUGGCUCCGAUAUUCCACACGACAUAAUGCACGAGCUCCGUGAAGCGACCGCUUCGCCGACGCCGCUCAGCGAGUUCCUGCACGACCCGAUCCUCCUCUCCUCGCUCAUGGGCCAUCGCAAGAAGGCGCGGCGUGGAUCCACCCAGCCCCGCGACCGCGACCGCGACCGGGAGCGUGACCGGGACCGCGAACGAGACCACAACAAGCGCGAGAAGGACUCAGACACCUCGAGCAUCCUCACCCUCGUGCUCGCCGAAGAGGAGCGGCAGGCGCAUCAUCUCAAGGCGCUCCUGCGCAGCACGGGCGACCGACUUGACUAUGAGAACCGGCGCGCAGAUCAGGCCGAGGGCCGAGCGCGAACUGCUGAGGCGCUCGCACGCGAGGCGUCCGCGCGCAUCAGCACCUCCGAUGCCGCGCGACACCAGGCAGAACUCGAUGCCGCGCGGACGAGAGAAGAGAUCAAGCGCUACCAGAUGCUUGCAGAGACGGCGGAACGCGAGUUACGCAGGGCUGAAAGCGAGGCGCAGCGUGUGGAACGGCUGCGGCUCGAGGCGGAGAAGCUCGCUGCAGAAGCGAGGGAUGUUGCCAGGAAGGCGCAACAGGCACUAAGGGAGCACCAGGCGCGGGAAGAGGGCAGAGAAGAAGGGAGACGCUUGGGUUUACGGAGGAGGUACUCUGACGGUCACGAAGACGGGUUUGAGGACGGGCGGACGGAGGGCUUCGAGGCUGGCCAUGCGGAGGGCUUUGAAGCCGGUCGAGCAGAAGGAUUCGCCACUGGCCGGGCGGAGGGGUACAACGCAGGCCGCCUUACAGGUUUUGAUGAGGGCAAGAAGGCUGGACAAGAAGAAGGCUACGACGAAGGGUUCGAGGAGGGUCGCACGUUAGAGCGAAAGUAUGCAAUCGAGGCGUUCGAUAGGUUCAUGGAUUCGGAGGUGGGCCGUCAAAGCUUUAUGACCGCACCGAGCAACGAGCGCACACAGAGAUGGGUCGAAGCCACAAGACAAUUCCAAGAACAUUACCCAAGAGUCCCGGGCGUUGUUCUUGAGCCUGUGGAACAGACACCACCGCGGCCUAUCGUGAUACAUCCACCAGUAGCAUCGGAACCGACCCCGGAGCAGCCUGCUGUCUCCCCUGAGGUGAUCAAGCAGCGUUCUCGGGAGUCACUCAGAGAACUGCCGCCGCCGUCAGUGAAAGAGCAGCCACAAGCUGCCGUGCCUCCCCCGCUCUGGCUUCACCGUAAACUGCACCAUCCACAGGACGGUAUCGGCGUUCCACCGGUAUCAACACUGACUACAUCUUCGAUCGCGGAGCACUGA